AUGCUCAAGAGAGUUGAGGAAGAUGAGGUGGACAUAAGAAUCAGAAGAAUAUCCUUUGGGUUGUUAUCUCCACAAGAUAUUUCUAGUCUGUCUGUACAUGAGAUUUCAAGCAAGGACUUAUAUGACAUAAGUACAAGGGUGCCUCUAUCAAACGGGCCUUUAGAUCUAAGGCUGGGUGUUGGAAACAAGAAGGAUAAGUGUGCAACGUGCGGAGAAGGGCUUGCAACGUGCAUUGGGCAUUUUGGGGAGGUAAAGCUCGUGCUUCCGGUUUUCAAUAUAGGGCUGAUUAAGAGUACUAUUUCGACGUUGAACUGCCUUUGCAAGAGCUGUGGAUGCAUUCUCCUUAGCGAGAAAAAAAAGAUAUAUUUCAAAAAGAAGCUGAGAGAAAGUACUGGAGGAAACGAUACAAAAUUGAUUUUAAGGAAAGUGAUCGCUGAGUGCAAGAAAGCGAACAUGUGUUUUGUAUGUUCUUCUAGAAAUGGACAGGUCAAGAAAACGUUUGGAUUUAGGAUAGUACAUGAGAUUGAAGACCCGGAAAAGAGGAAGAAGGAUAGGAGUGCGAAGGGUGGAACGCACUUUUCCCAUUACGAGGACAUAAAUCCUCUGACGGCUCUCAAUGUGUUUAAGAUGAUGAAAGAGGAUGACUAUGAGUUACUUGGGUUUUCUGAGUCGCCGGAAAGACUUAUAAUACAAAAUGUUAUAGUUCCUCCAUCUUGCAUUCGUCCAAGUGUAUCCAUGGAUGAUGAGGGAACAAAUGAGGAUGACAUAACGAUUAAGAUCAGUGAGAUUGUGCAUACAAACAAGGUACUAAAGGAAGGGAUAGAGAAGGGAAAUCCGCUAAAUCUUAUCAAUGAGGAUUGGGACCACCUUCAGCUCCAAUGUGCACUACUCAUCAACUCUGAGCUUCCACAAGUUGGCAUUCCUGGCCAGCCUGUAAGGGGAAUAGUCCAGAGGCUCAAGGGCAAGAACGGAAGGUUUAGAUGCAAUUUAAGUGGGAAAAGAGUUGACUUUAGUGGAAGAACUGUUAUUUCGCCCGAUCCUAACCUAAGUAUCGAGGAGGUAGGGAUACCUGAGAGGAUGGCGAAAAUACUAACUAUUUCCGAAAGGGUCACGAGUUUCAACAAGAAGAAGCUGCAAUCUCUUGUACUGAAUGGGCCUGAGAAGUAUCCAGGGGCUAACUAUGUUGUUGGAGAGAAAUUCAAGAGGUUUCUGAUGUAUGGCAAGAGGGAUACUGAGCUUAAGCAUGGCGAGAUUGUUGAACGGCACUUAUUAGACGGGGAUAUGGUUUUAUUUAAUAGGCAGCCUUCUCUUCAUCGGAUGAGCAUUAUGUCCCACAAGGUCAAGGUACAUAAUAGCAAGACUCUUAGAUUCAAUGAGUGUGUUUGCACACCUUACAAUGCAGAUUUCGAUGGGGAUGAGAUGAAUGUUCACGUUCCCCAGACAGAGAAAGCACGAGCCGAGGCAUCCAUUCUAAUGUCUGUUUCUAAUAACAUCGUUACUCCGAGACAUGGGGAGCCUAUUAUAGCAGCCACGCAGGACUUCAUUACUGGACUAUACUUAAUAACUGGAAAGGAUACUUUUUUUGACAGAGAGAGAUUUGGCCAGCUUGUGAGCUAUUUUUCUGAAACUAGGAUUAAUGUAAAGCCAGCCAUAAAGAAGCCUGUGGAGCUUUUUACUGGGAAACAGCUGGUGGAAGCGCUUAUCAAGGACUCGUUCUAUGGAAGCAGUGAAGGAGCCAUGAGUCUUCAAGACAAAAGCAUUUCUCUUAUAGGAAAGAAUAGGUCGUUUAAGUCAUUUAGUGAUCCUAACGAUGGAAGUGUGGUGAUACUAGACAAUGCAUACUAUUUUGGACGUCUUGAUAAGUCAAUAAUAGGAGGGGAGAAUAAGAAAGAUAGCCUCAUCUAUGCAAUAAUGAAGGUAAGCAAUAAAGCUGCAGUGAGGGUUAUGAAUAGUAUAACAAAGCUGUGCUCAAGGUAUCUUGGGGAAGUUGGAUUUAGCAUAGGACUUGAUGAUGUGCAACCUGGACCCAUAUUAAGGCAAAAAAAAGAGAUGGUUGUUAAUAAGGGGUACUCGGAAUGCAAGAACAAGAUUUUGGAGCAUUCGAAGAGAUUAGAAUCCAAUGAAGAGGUUCUAGAGAUGGAGAUAUCCUCGAUUUUGAAUCGGAUUAGGGAGGAGUGUGGAUCUAUAUGCAUAAAGGAAUUAAGCAUUAGGAACUCUCCAAAUACUAUGCAGGCAUGCGGGUCAAAAGGGUCGAAGAUUAAUGUUUCUCAGAUGGUUGCCUGUGUGGGACAGCAGAUUGUAAGCGGAACUAGGAUUCCAAACGGAAUGGAUGACAGGUGCCUUCCUCAUUUCCGAAAGGGAUCUAAGACUCCGGAAUCAAAGGGAUUUGUUCUGAAUUCUUUCUUUGAUGGAUUGACAUCUCCCGAGUUCUUUUUCCACGCAGUGAGUGGAAGAGAGGGGCUUGUCGAUACUGCUGUCAAAACGGCUGAAACAGGAUAUAUGCAAAGACGUCUAAUGAAAGCACUUGAAGAUUUAAGCAUUCAGUAUGAUGGUAGUGUUAGGAAUUCGAAUAUGGAGGUGGUGCAGUUCGCAUAUGGAGAAGACCAAAUAGACCCUGUGAUGUCUGAGGGGGAUGACCCUUUUAACCUCGAAAGGGUAUUUCUGCAGUCCAAGUCUAAGUUCCUGCGGAAUCUCGAUUUAAGCCAGACCCCAUAUCCUUUCGAACUAAAGGAACAGGAUGUUGUUGAUAAUCUCAGGAAGUCGAUACCUAAGGGAUAUCCUGUUAAGCGUAUAGUUAACAAAAGAUUUAUACAAAGCCUCCUUGAAUUUAUUGAAUCGAAGCGUGAAGAUAGAUUCCUCCUUGAUGGGACUUUUUAUUCCUACUUUUCAUGCGACGGUUUUGCAAAGAUAUUUUUCUCGACGAUAUCUCAAAAGAUGAUGGACUUAAUAAUUGAACCUGGGACAACUGUUGGAGCAAUAGCUGGGCAGAGCAUUGGAGAGCCAGGAACUCAGAUGACACUUAAGACAUUCCAUUUUGCUGGGGUUGCUAGCAUGAACAUAACUCUUGGAGUCCCACGAUUGAAAGAGAUAAUCAAUGCUGUUUGUAAUAUUAGCACACCUAUUAUAAAUGCAGAACUGGACGAUCCAUAUAACUUGUUUCGGGCGGAGGUUAUAAAGGGUCGGAUUGAUAAGAUCUCUCUGAAGGACGUUUGCUGCUUGAUAACGGAAGUCAUUGGAAAGGAUGAGAUCUUCCUGGAUGUAACCAUAGAUCUAGAAACGCUCUCCCGCCUGAAGUUAAAUCUAGAUAUACACAAAAUUGAGAAAUCUUUAAAUCUUCCUGACCAAACAAAGGUCACUAGCGAGAAUUCCAUAAGGGUGUAUGUCAAGAAGAUUGACGAUCAGAGCUACUUUAAUCUCCAAAAAGUCAAGAAGAAGCUGUUGGGCACAAGAAUAUGUGGUGCACCGCAGGUUAGUCGGGUGAUUAUAAAUAGCAACAGAGGACACUAUAGUCUUGUCAUUGAGGGGCAUGGGCUAUUGAAUGUCAUAAAUACAGACGGAGUAAAGAGUAGCACAACGACUAGCAACAGCGUAACGGAAGUAGAGGAAGUAUUAGGAAUUGAAGCGGCAAGAGCUCAGAUAAUCCAUGAGAUUGAAUAUACCAUAAGUAACCAUGGAAUCAAGAUAGAUCCAAGGCACAUAAUGCUUCUGGCAGAUACGAUGACAUAUCGGGGAGAGGUUUUUGGAAUAACGAGAUUCGGAAUUUCAAAGAUGUCAAGAUCUACUCUUAUGCUAGCAUCCUUUGAGCAGACAAGCGACUAUCUGUUUGAAGCGGCUGUCCAAAGUAAAUCUGACGAGAUAUGUGGAGUCAGUGAGUCUAUAAUUCUUGGGAUUCCUAUUUGCAUCGGAACUGGAUCUAUGGAUUUGUACUGGAACAGCAAGGCCUAG